CACCCACGUCGCAGCGGGUACCGGCCGCGGCGCUGCCAUGGACCCGAGCGCGCGGGAGCCCCUCGUGAGGAAGAAGAGCUCCUCGUAUCGGACCUUCCCCGAGAGCGCUGGCAAGAGGCUCGACAAGGAGUACCUGCGGAGCCUCCGCAACAAGCGGCUCUACCUGGCUGUGUUUGCCGCUGUCCUGGGGAACUUCAGUUUCGGCUUCGCCCUGGUUUACCCCUCGCCCGUCAUCCCUGCCCUGGAGGCUCACCCCAGCCCUGCGCUGAGGCUGGACCAGCACACGGCAUCCUGGUUCGGGUCGGUGUUCACGCUGGGAGCUGCGGCGGGGGGGGUCAGCGCCAUGCUCCUCAAUGACCGCCUGGGCCGCAAACUGAGCAUCAUGUUCUCGGCGCUGCCCUCCGCCGUGGGAUACGCGCUGAUGGCCGGUGCCCAGGGGAUCGGGAUGCUGCUGCUGGGCCGCGUGCUGACGGGAUACGCUGGCGGCGUGACGUCCGCUUCCAUCCCGGUCUACAUCUCGGAGAUCUCCCACCCCGGGGUCAGAGGCAUGCUGGGCGCUUGUCCUCAGAUCAUGGCAGUGCUGGGCUCCCUCAUCCUGUACGCGCUGGGGCUGGUCCUGGACUGGCGCUGGCUGGCCGUCGCAGGGGAGGUGCCCGUGCUCGUGAUGAUAGUCCUGCUCUGCUUCAUGCCCAACUCGCCCCGGUUCCUGCUCUCCCAGGGGAAGGACGACGAGGCCCUGGGGUCGCUGCGCUGGCUGCGGGGCAGGGACACGGACUAUGCCCGGGAGUAUGAGCAGAUCAAGGAGAGCGUGAGGAAGCAGAGCCGGCGGGUUUCCUGCGCUGAGAUCAAGGACCCCUUCAUUUACAAGCCCAUCCUGAUCGCGGUGGGGAUGAGGUUCCUGCAGCAGCUCUCAGGCGUCACCUGCGUCCUCGUGUACCUGCAGUCGAUAUUCAAGAAAACAUCCGUCAUCCUGAAACCAGAGUACGAUGCAGCUCUUGUUGGCUUGGUACGUCUGUUCUCUGUGACGAUCGCUGCCGUGUCAAUGGAUAAAGCUGGGAGGAAGAUUCUUCUUUUCGUAUCAGCUGGUGUCAUGCUGGUCUCCAACCUAACCAUGGGGCUCUAUAUCCACUUCGUGCCAGCUUCUCAGAACAGCACCGUUGCUAACAAGACCCUGGUGAGCUCUGCCAGCCUUCCUGCUGAACCAACAAACUACAUCACCCUCAUCCCCCUCCUGGCAACCAUGUUCUUCAUAAUGGGUUAUGCCAUGGGCUGGGGGCCCAUCACCUGGCUGCUGAUGUCGGAGAUCCUCCCUUUGAAAGCCCGUGGGGUGGCCUCGGGCCUCUGCGUCGUCGUGAGCUGGCUGACAGCCUUCACCCUCACCCAGUUCUUCCUCCGGGUCGUGGAAGCCUUCGGCCUCGAGGUGCCCUUCCUAUUCUUCGCCGUCAUCUGUGCUGGAAACGUCUUAUUCACAGGCUGCUGUGUUCCAGAAACCAAAGGCAGGUCCCUGGAACAGAUCGAGGCCUUCUUCAGGACUGGCCGGAGGUCGUUCAUGAGGUAGGAGCUGCCAUCUGCCAGCCGUACUGGGCCACCAGUCCAGAUGCUCAAGGGCAACAAAGAAAACGGUUGUGCUGCUGGAGGUGGAGGCUGGAGCUCUCUGCGAAGGCAACGGGAGAGGAAAGGGUGGCCACGAUCAUCUCGCUUUGGAUGUAGAAGUUGCCACCUGGAACUUUACCUUCUCUUCCCGUCAUUCAACACUAUCUGUUGCUCUCUGGGCAACAUGUCAACCCACGGUAUGGGACCAGGUAACCAGCACCAGGCUGGAGGUAAAGAUGUCCUGGAAAAUAAAAGGUGUGGCUGUGGACAAGAGACCAUGCACGUCCUUCGCUCAGCAGCCACCAAAGCAGCCUGAGAGCCCGAGGGUUUGGCUGGAACAGAGAUAACAGCUGUAGCCACUUUGGCAAAAGUUCAUCAUGUAGUUGCAAGAAUAAAACAGUUUUGCUUCCAA